AUGGGUCUUUGUGCGCUGUGCGAGCAGUCCCUUUCGUCGAAGGUGUUAGUCGACGACACUCUCUUUCAUCAUGACUACAGGACCUUUCGCCAAUCAGUUGAGAGCAAGUGCUAUAUAUGCUCUCAUGUAUGGAGCAGCUUGACCGAAGAGCAGAAAGAAACUACUAUGCGGCCCACCUUUGACGGAAUAGACUAUGAUGUUAGUCUCAGGACUAGCUACGGCGAGAGACAGGGGCGUAUCCUAGCAACAAUCGACUUCAAGCACGGUGACGAUCUGUUUGAUUGUGAAGAUUAUAAUGAAGUUGGUGGGAAGCACAUGGCUGAUGCCGGAAGAUUCGCUAUUUUAAACCCUCAUAUUUACCCGGUUAGAGAAGUGCCAGUACUAGCCGCUCGAACAAACCACCCGUCCUGCUGGUCUACAGUAUCAAAGUGGAUUGAAGAUUGCUGCAGCAAGCAUGGCAAUUGUCGUGUCCCUCAGGAAGGCUCAUGGUUGCCGACACGGCUGGUCGAUCUUCUCAGGUACGACAAGGGACGCAUCCGCGUCGUAAACUCGUCCCGACUUCCCCGGAGAAAGGGAAUUUCUUAUGUGGCUCUCAGCCACUGUUGGGGUCGAAAGCCCUUCUUGGUAAUGAGAAAUAAGAACAGGAAAAAAUUCAAGAAGGGCGUACCUGUCUCGUCUCUGGCAUCCAACUUUCAAGAGGCGAUAGCUGUGGCUCGCCAGCUUGGUUUCCGAUAUAUUUGGAUCGACUCUUUAUGCAUCAUCCAGGGUUCAGAGCAAGACUGGCGCCGUGAAGCGCCCACAAUGAACCAGGUUUACAGGAAUGCGUUCCUCACCAUUGGUGCAAUGGCGUCCUCAGAUGCUCAUGGCGGCCUUUUCAGGCGUCGCGACCCAGAAAUGAUGGGGAGCACGAUCACGAUCAACACAGAGGAAGACGGAGUGAUGACGUGCUUGUUGGUUAAGUCAGACAUAUGGGAAAGCCACGUCAAGGAAGCACCACUCAGCCAACGGGCAUGGGUUGUCCAAGAACGCAUGCUGGCUCCAAGAAGCCUAUACUUUUGCGAGGGCCAACUCUUCUGGGAAUGCCGAGAACAACACGCGUGCGAACUACUCCCAAACGGGGUGCCGACCCAGUUCAUAAGUGAGCUGAAAGAUCCUACGGCGGUCGACACAGUCCCAAUUAAAGCUUUUGUAAGAGCUGUUGAGCUGGCCAAUGCCCAUGGUACCUACGCCUACCGCGUGGCUGAUGACGAUAUUCCCUGGGAAAACGUACAGCACGAAGACCCAUACAUGGUGUGGAACGACGUAGUAGAGUCGUACGCCAGAUGUGCGCUCACUAACCCGAGCGACAAGCUCGUCGCUAUUUCCGGAGUGGUCAAGGAUUUCGCGAAGGCCAUCGACGAUGAGUACCUAGCUGGCCUGUGGCGACGAGAUUUCAUCAACGGUCUCUUAUGGAUGGCUACUCCAGAGUCCAGAGGCAAAGACGACUUUAUACCGGCGGUCCGGUCAGAAGUGUACCGAGCGCCGUCAUGGAGCUGGGCGUCUUUGGAUGCCCCGACUAUGAGGAUGCCGCGCACGAGAUACCAGUGGUAUGGUGAUUACGCCGAGGUCCUGGAUGUUGGCAUUGAGCUUGCGGCAGGGAGUAAGGAUCCAACAGGGGCGCUGAGGCACGCUUGUCUACAUAUAAGCGGGCAUCUUAUCCCAGUUAGGCGCAAGCCUGUACUCCGCGAGUCUUAUCGAUACUUCGGCUCGUUCGUUCCUGACGUGGAGGAGUUUGAGGGCGAACGGUUCUUUUGCCUUCCAUUGCGAGAAGACCUUGUGGGCAAAAUACCGCACCUUAUGGGACUCGUCUUGACGCCCUGGGUUGACGACGGGGAAAGGGAGAUGUCUUUCUGCAGCACAUGUGCUGGAAAACGCAAGUUCCAACGAGUUGGUAUGUUCGAGUCCGAGAAAGGUGAUCCACUCCACUAUCUGUCCAUGAGCAAGCCCGAAGACUGGAUUGAUUGGGGCGAGGAGAGCGAUCAUUUGUGGUAUCCUGAAGACAUGGACAUCUGGGACUUUAUUAUUAUUUGA